AUGCUGCCCCCGCCCCACGCUGCUCCUGCUCCUCUUCGUGGGCGCCGCCGCCCCGAGGGACUCCGGGCCCCGCGCUGCGGAUGGCCGCCAUCCUGGACGAGCAGGGGGCUGCGGGCAGGGGAGCGCCUGGCCCUGGCCCUGGCCCGGGAACACGUCAAUGGCCCGGGGAGACCCCGGCCCGGCUCGAGGUCGAUGUGUUCAGAGCUGCCCCGGGACAGCCAGUACGAGACCACCGACACCAUGUGUCAGAUCCUGCCCAAGGGGGUGGUCUCGGUGCUGGGCCCGGCGGCGAGCCCGGCGGCUGCGGCCACGGUCAGCCACAUCUGCGGGGAGAAAGAGAUCCCCCACAUCCGGGUGGGUCCCGAGACAGCCUCGCGCCCCCCCGCCUCCCUCAUCUGCGCCAGGCCCGAGUGCCUGCUGCGCCUCGAGGAGCUGGUGAGGCAGUUCCUGAUCUCCCGGGAGUCGCUCUCUGUGCGGGUCCUGGACGGGGAGCAGGACCCGACCCCGCUGCUCAAGGAGAUCCGGGACGACAAAGUGCCCACCAUCGUCAUCGACGGCCCCGCCAGCACGGCUGGGCUGGUGCUGGCCAAGGGCUCGUCCUGGCCAAGGUUUGGGGGAUUCUGGGGGGUCCUGGCCAAGGUUUGGGGGAUUUAUGGGGGCCUCGGGCUGGGGAUGAUGUCGACGUUCUACAAAUACAUCCUGACCACCAUGGACUUCCCCCUGCUGCACCUGGAGUCGCUCCCCUCCCCCCCGGCCACCGUGCUGGGGUUCUCGAUGUUCAACACGAGCCACCGGUUCUACGGGGAGUUCGUGCGGAGCCUCAACAUGUCCUGGAGGGAGAGCUGCGACCUGGGGCCUUAUCCUGGUCCUGCGCUCUCGGCUGCCCUCCUGUUCGAUGCGGUUCACGUGGUGGUGGCGGGCGUGGAGCUGAACCGCUCCCAGGAGAUCGGGUGCCCCUUAGCUUCUUGCCGCCCGGAGUUUGGGCCCCACGGCACCAGCCUGAUGAACUACCUGAGAAUGGUGGAGCACGAGGGUCUGACGGGGCGCGUGGAGUUCAACAGCAAAGGGCAGAGAACGAAUUACAGCCUGCGCGUGCUCGAGAAGGGCCGCGACGGCACCAGAGAGGUGGGGGUCUGGUUCUCCAACCACACCCUGGCCAUGGACGAGGCCACGCUGGGGCUGAACAGCUCGGAGAGCCUGGAGAACAAAACCCUCAUCAUCACCACCAUCCUGGAGAACCCGUGCGUGAUGCGCGUGGGGGGCGCGGGGGGCGAGCGCUACGAGGGGUUCUGCGUGGACAUGCUGAGGGAGCUCGCCCGGCUGCUCAAGUUCCGCUUCCAGCUGCGCCUGGUGGAGGACGGGCUGUACGGGGCCCCCGAGCCCAACGGCUCCUGGACCGGCAUGGUGGGAGAGCUCAUCAAUAGGAAAGCCGACCUGGCCGUGGCCGCCUUCACCAUCACGGCCGAGCGGGAGAAGGUGAUCGACUUCUCCAAGCCCUUCAUGACCCUGGGCAUCAGCAUCCUCUACCGCUGUCCACAUGGUAGGGGGUUUAGGGGACCCUUCUCGCCGGCCGUGUGGCUCUUCAUGCUCCUCGCCUACCUGGCCGUCAGCUGCGUCCUCUUCCUGGCCGCGCG